GAGGCAGAUGCUGGGCCCUGCUCUUCCAAUGGUUGUUUUUGCUGAACUAAUUUGUUGACUUUCCUGGUUUUUCCUCCCUUUAGUAUCAUCAACAUUUACCAGGAAUGGGUCAGACUUCCUCUUCUACACCCCCUCCAAAAGAGGAUCCUGAUUUGACCUCCAGCUUUGGAAAUCUUCAGAAUUUCAAGAUGAAAACCAAAAUCCUGUCUCAGGAAUUAAUCGCCUUCAUUGAAUCAUCCCUAGAGAAUGGAAACCUUCGGGAAACAGUUUCUGCAGUCAGCAGUGCUCUGGGUGACAUAGAGAAAGCCCCACUNAACAUUGCAGUGAUGGGGGAGACUGGGGCUGGAAAGUCCAGUCUCAUCAAUGCUCUGCAGGGAGUGNGGGAUGAUGAAGAAGGUGCAGCUGCUCCCACAGGGAUUAUAUAUACAACCACUGAGAGAAUGCCAUACACUUACACAAAGUUUCCNAGUGUGACACUGUGGGACCUGCCUGGCAUUGGAUCUACUGCCUUCCAACCGCAUGAUUAUCUGAAGAAAAUCGAGUUUGAGGAGUAUGACUUCUUCAUUAUUGUCUCUUCUGGACGCUUUAAACAUAAUGACGCAGAACUUGCCAAAGCCAUUGUGCAAAUGAAUAGGAGUUUCUAUUUUGUUCGAACCCACACAGAUCUUGAUUUAAUGAUUGUAAAACUGAGUGAUCCUAGGAAAUUCAAUAAAGAGAACAUCUUAGAGCAGAUUCGAAAUUCUAUUUCAAAUAUACUUAAGGAGGUUACUCACCAAGAACCUCCAGUCUUCUUAGUCUCUAACUUUGAUGUGUCUGACUUUGACUUCCCAAAGCUGGAAUCCACCCUUCUGAGCCAGCUCCCAGCCUACAAACGCCACAUGUUCAUGCUCACUUUGCCUGUUGUUACAGAUUCCACCAUAGACAGGAAGAGGGAUAUGCUGAAACAAAAGGUCUGGAAGGAAUCCACAACUCCAAGAGCAUGGGCUACCAUACCAUCCCGGGGACUGACCCAAAAGGACAUGGAGAUGUUGCAACAGACUUUGAAUGACUAUAGAUCUUCCUUUGGCCUGGAUGAGGCAUCACUGGAAAACAUCGCUGAGGAUUUGAACGUGACACUGGAGGAUCUCAAGGCAAACAUUAAGUCUCCACAUUUGCUCUCAGAUGAGCCAGAUACAUCCUUAACAGAGAAACUAUUGAAGUACAUUGGAAAUCCUUACUUUUCAAAGGUUUUCCACUUGCAAAAUUAUUUCAUUGACACGGUUGCGAGUGAUGUUAAAAUUAUCCUCAGUAAAGAAGAGCUUUUCACAGAGCAGCAUCCUCCACUGCACACAACUACAUGCCAGCCUUCCUCUAGCAGACCCUCUCCUUUAAUGGUUCAACUUUUGGUGAUCGGCUUUGAAAAUUUUUUUAAGAAUUUCAAGAAGGAAAGCAAAAUCAUCUCUGAGGAAACCAUCAGCUUGAUUGAAUCCCAUCUGGAGGAUAAGAACCUUCAGGGGGCAUUGUCUGCAAUUAGUCAUGCUCUGGGAAACAUUGACAAAGCCCCACUGAACAUUGCUGUGACUGGAGAAACAGGGACAGGGAAAUCCAGUUUUAUCAAUGCCUUGAGGGGAGUAAGGGGUGAAGAAGAAGGUGCAGCGCCCAUUGGGGUGGUAGAGACAACCAUGAAGAGAACUCCAUACCCACACCAAAAGCUUCCCAAUGUGACAAUAUGGGACCUGCCUGGCAUUGGGUCCACCAACUUCCCACCACAAAACUAUCUGACAGAAAUGAAGUUUGGUGAGUAUGACUUCUUCAUUAUCAUCUCGUCUACACGCUUCAAAGAAAUUGAUGCACAUCUGGCCAAAGCCAUUGCAAAGAUGAACACAAAGUUCUACUUUGUCCGAACCAAGAUAGAUCAAGAUGUCAGUAAUGAACAGAAAAGUAAACCUAGUUCUUUCAAUAGAGACAGUGUGCUAAAGAAAAUUAGAGAUGACUGUUCAGGUCAUCUUCAGAAGGCUCUCUCCAGUCAGCCUCCAGUCUUCCUAGUCUCUAACUUUGAUGUGUCUGACUUUGACUUCCCAAAACUGGAGAUCACCCUACUGAGGGAACUCCCAGCCCACAAGCGCCACCUCUUCAUGAUGUCCUUGCACAGUGUUACUGAGACUGCCAUUGCCCGGAAGAGGGAUUUCCUCAGACAGAAGAUCUGGCUGGAGGCCCUGAAGGCUGGGGUAUGGACCACCUUUCCACUUGGGGGCUUAGUCAGAGAUAAAAUGCAGAAGUUGGAAGAGACCUUGAAUCUCUACAGGUCUUAUUUUGGGCUGGAUGAAGCCUCACUAGAAAAUAUUGCCAAGGAUUUCAAUGUGUCUGUGAAUGAAAUUAAGGCACACCUUAGGUCUCUCCAGUUGUUAACAAAGAACAANGACAUGUCCUUCAAAGAAAAACUGCUGAAAUAUAUUGAAUAUAUUUCCUGUGUUACUGGGGGACCACUUGCCUCAGGCCUUUACUUUAGAAAGACUUACUACUGGAAAAGUCUCUUCAUUGAUACUGUGGCAAGUGAUGCCAAGUCUCUCCUGAAUAAGGAAGAGUUUUUGUCAGAGAAGCCAGGAUCGUGCCUGUCUGACCUCCCUGAAUACUGGGAAACAGGAAUGGAGCUGUGAGGUACUAACCUUUGGACUUGCUUCAGACAUGGACUUAAAGCCUCCUUUUAAGCAGCAAAAAAUUUCUGGAAAAGACCAGAGGAUUCAUCUCUUUUAGAGAGAGAAUAGCACUGUGGCAAGUAGAAGAAGCGUUUCCCAUGGUAUAAGAACUGUCUUCCAUUUAAGUAUCAUGAAUGAGAAUAUAUGGUUGUAUAUAUAUAUACUAAAUUAACCUGUUUAUGCUAUUCUAUGUCUGAGAUGUGGCUGGUUGCCUCUUCUCACAACUUCCUCCACAACAUGGUGGUGAAUCUCUUCAGCCUCACUCUUUCCCAGAGUUCCUUUUUCUCUGCCAGUUUUCCUAUCCAUUUUCUCCUGCCUUUCCGUGGGUAUUUGGCUCCUUGUUGACAGGUGUUGCUUUGACACCAUGUACAGGUGUGGGUCAUUGGGCUAUACACAGACAGUCUGGUCU